GAGACGAGUCAGGCCAAGCUCUCAGACAUUUCUAACAGGCAGAUUCUUAGAAGGGUUACAGCUAUGGUGGACUGUCAGGACCAUCCCCUGAAUUCUUGUACAUGUGUACCCUGUUUGUCUGGAUGUGGAGGGGUGAACAUCUCUUGCUCUGAUUGCAGCUGGGAGGGACUGCUGUGCGAGGACUGGGCUGUCUGUGAGUGCUUUGGGACGAGGGGAGGGGUCCAUGGCAGCACCCGCUGCUCAUUGAGAAGAGGAUUGAAACCUGGGCUAAUAAACAACCAGCUCAUGGAAGGAGGAAUCAGGGGAAGACUCGGCCCUGCUGGCCCCAAUGCUGAGACAGCGUGCCAGGUGCAGGACAAAAUGUCGAAAACCUGCCUGGAGCUGCUGAGAGAAGCAGCGAAUUUGAUUGAGGAAGCUCUGAGCAGAACUCCUCCGGCUCCGGCGGCUCAGUCACAGCAGAUACCUGCCGCUCCAUCACGUACACCUGUCCAAGGGAAUGACAACGAUCCCAUGGUUAUAACAAAUAAACUGAUGGAAGUGUUUCCGAAGCUCCAAGAAGGGGGAGGCUUUGAAUUUCUAAAAAUUGUAUUAUCUACCCACAGUCGAAAUCUUGCAUUGCUUCAGUGUCCCAGCACUGGAUACACCCUUGCCUAUCUGAAAGAUCCAUCGACGAUGAUUGGACAGGCUACAAUCUACAUACGUCCACUUAAACAGGAUCUACCCUUAGAUUGUGAGAGCUCACAUCAUGCCUCUGGUCCAGUCACCCCCUGCAUUACUUGUCAGAAGGAAGUUCCCUUUUCAGAGAUGAAGCUGCACAGAUUGAGCUGCAAUGGGACACCCAUGCAGGAAUCAGAGAGAGAACAAGAGGGAUGCCAAAGUGAAGAAAAUGACAGAGAGACAGCCUUAGUCAGUGACAGUGUUCCAGUGAGUCCUGAAACAUCAGCUGAGAGUGCAGUAGUACCAGCAGUGAUUGACAACGAGGAGUUGGAUCACAGAGAAACAGACACUGAAUGGAAGCUUAUUAAACAACCGGCUCAAGCUGCCAAAGUUUUCAGAGAGAAUCUGCUAAGGGAGCAUGCAUCUGGGAAACCACUUAGAAUAAGGAUGGAUGUAAGGGCCUCUGAAGAGGACAGGGAACGGGAACUUCUCUCAUUCUAUAAACAGCAGCAAGAAUGGGCAUGUCCACUUCAUUGUACUCUUGUUGGUGAUGUUGCUGUCGGAGAGGGAUUGNGGGGGAAGGGACGUGGAGGUGUAUGCGUCCUUUACAUUAGCAUACAGCAGGUCCAGGCUCUUCUCCUCUCUGGUUUUACAGGUCACAUACUGGGUGAAUUUCGGGAGUGUCUUUUUAAUAGAGACAUGAACCCAUGA